AGCGACCACCGUUCCCUCUGUUGAGCUUUUGACCUGUCGCCCAACUCCCGCAGUGUCAGCACGGCGCAGCCCAAUAUAAACCCCGGCCUCUCGCUUUUCGCCCUCCUCGCUGUGAAGACACAGUUUGGCGAGCCAUCUCCCGGAAUCGAAGCAGCGCGACACAAAAUGACCUCCGCCGCCGGCCAGCCUAUAUUCUCAAAGGGAGAAGAUUGCAAGUCGUCAUGGCAUGACGCCAACGCUGGCUACAAUGACGCCGACACUCACCUGGAGAUCAUGGGCAAGCCCGUGAUGGAGCGCUGGGAGACCCCCUACAUGCACUCUCUGUCGACGGUGGCUGCCUCCAAAGGCGGUCGCGUUUUGGAGAUCGGUUUCGGCAUGGCCAUCGCUGCCACCAAACUGGAGUCGUUCCCCAUCGAGGAGCACUGGAUCAUCGAGUGCAAUGACGGAGUCUUUGCCAGACUGGAGAAUUGGGCAAAGUGUCAGCCACACAAGGUUGUUCCUCUGAAGGGCCUCUGGGAGCAGGUUGUGCCCACCCUGCCAGAUAACCACUUUGAUGGUAUCCUUUAUGACACUUACCCUCUGUCCGAGGACUCCUGGCACACUCACCAGUUUGACUUUAUCAAGGGUCACGCACACAGGCUGCUGAAGAGCGGUGGCGUCCUCACCUACUGCAACCUGACCUCCUGGGGAGAGCUGCUCAAGAGCAAAUACGACAACAUCGAGACCAUGUUUAAGGAGACCCAGGUGCCCCAUCUGCUUGAAGCCGGCUUCAAGAAGGAGAAGAUAAGCACUACCACCAUGGACAUUGUACCACCCACUGAAUGCAAAUACUACUCCUUCCAUAAGAUGAUCACCCCCACCAUUAUCAAAGAGUAAAGUGCAAAACACUGCUGCACCUUUUUUUUUUUUUUUUUUUACUACUACAGUAUGUGCCUUUUCCUCUGACCGGUCCUAAUAAAACCAAGUCUAUUCCA